UCAUCCCUUGCACAUUUAUGACAGUAGAAGUAACUCCUACUUGUCCAGGCAGUUUUUAAAGGAUAUGGCCUCUGCAUCUUCACAUGACCUUCUACGACCUUUAGUUCUUGGCAGCUUCAUAGUAAUGUGUGUCCUAGGUACAUUUUGGAUGUACUACACACCGACAGCCAACAGAUCCUACACAUGCCCUGGUGUACUAAGGGAAGGGAACCAGACACAGCGAGCUCCCAACCAAACACCCAAGAUACAUGACCAGCAUGACAGAUUUCAGAUGGAGGAUGGAGUCAAAGAAUCAGAUAUUAUUGUCUUGAUCUGGAUGUGGCCUUUUGGAGUUCCAUUUGAUCUGAACUCUUGUGCUUCCUUCAACAUCAAAGGUUGUCUACUAACAGCAAACAGAAGUCUUUACAACAAGGCGAAUGUUGUGAUGUUCCAUCACAGGGACAUCGCCAGUGACCUGAGUGAUAUGCCAAAAGAGCCACGACCAUGGUUCCAAAAAUGGGUUUGGUACAAUAUGGAGUCACCAACAUACACACAAAGGAUCCCAGGUCUUGACCACUUGUUCAAUGUAACUGCAAGUUAUCGACUGAGUUCUGAUGUUUAUGUGCCUUAUGGGUCACUUGUUGAAGUGAGCAGUGAUGAUAAAAGCUUUGAGCUGCCAAAGAAAGACAAAUUGGUCUGUUGGGUUGUAAGCAACUGGAAUCCAAACCACAAGAGAAUCCCGAUCUUCAACGAGCUAAAUAAACAUGUCAAGAUAGAUGCAUUUGGACGACACUUUGAAAAAUAUAUAGAGGACAAGGCACAGAUUGUGUCCAGCUGUAAAUUCUACCUGGCAUUUGAAAACUCUAUCCACCAAGACUACAUUACUGAGAAGCUGUAUGAAACCUUGCAUUCAGGAUCUGUGCCGGUUGUUCUCGGUCCACCCAGGCAAAACUAUGAAGCUGUUGUCCCAAAGGACUCUUUCAUUCAUGUGGAUGACUUUCCUUCACUGAAGGAACUGGCAGAUUGGCAUAUUUUCCCUGACAAGAAUGAAACACAAUACAUGAAGUAUUUUAGCUGGCUGAAACACUAUUGUCAGGGUUUUGGACAUAUCUUAGGCCACUAGAAGCCCCAUUGUAUCUCUUGUUGGUUUUCAGUCUCUGUCAUUAUGUCCUAUUGUUGUCACCUGUGCCUUGUUGCAUGUUUGUAUGUAAGUCACCCUUCUCCUGAGUAUUUUGGUCAGUGUUUCCAGUGCCAUGACCAAGUCUAGGUCUAUCCUUUGCUGUGCCUCAUCUGGAGUCUAUAGCUACCUUGUGAAACUGGUAUGGUUCUUUUUGUUUUUUCUUGACAUUUGAGCUUUGACAUUUUUCAAACAUUUUUGGAACAUUUUGGAUAUUUCCUAUGACAGUUUGGACAUUCCUUUUCAUCCAAUAAAAGAUUUGCAGACAUUGCACAGAACUGUCAUCUGGUUUUCUGCAUUUGGGUUCACCGUUUUGAUCUGUUCCAGUUCUCACACGUGGCUGACCGUUGUUCUAACCCUGUGUUUCUGACAACUAUAA